CUGUACAUUCUGAAAAUUUUCGCAUCAUUUCGACGCGCGUAAGCUCGAAUUCAGCGGCGCUGAAAAAUUCGGCUCUUUACGAAUCUAGCAGAAUGUCUGUACUAGCGCGUGCCUUGAGUUAACACUUUCUAAUUAAAUUAAGAUGUUUGGCUGACAGUCCCCCGGUUUUGUUUAUUUUUCCUAUUAAAGUAAAUUGUGGUUGGUGAAAAUGUCGGCGCUGUUUAAGAAGAAGUUCGAACGGAAAAAAUCGCUCUCGAGGAAAGAGAUAAGUCUUGCGCGCCUCGAAAAUUUCAGGAAGGAAGUUAUAACCGACACCCACUCGGUUGCCUUAAGUGAUUUGUGCAGACGGCUCGAAACCGAUCGCGAAAACGGCCUAAGCCCCGAAAAGGCGGCCGAAAUCCUCGCCAAAACCGGACCAAACACUCUGACACCGUCGACGAAAACGCCGGAAAUCGUCAAAUUCAUACGAACGCUAACUCAUGGCUUCUCGCUCCUGCUCUGGAUUGGGGCCUUUUUGUGCUUCACGGCUGUUAUCAUCCGCAUGGCCACCACACAUGAAACGGACUCGGAUAAUCUGAUUUUGGGAUGCGUUCUGGUCACCGUUGUGGUGGUCACAGGAUGUUUCAUGUAUUUUCAGGAACACAAAAGCCAAAAGAUAAUGGAGUCGUUCGCGAACAUGGUGCCCCCCAAAGCCACCGUGAUCCGCGGCGGCGAGACCAUGACCAUAAUGUCCAAAGACUUGGUCAUCGGUGACUUGGUAGAGCUAAAAUUCGGCGACCGCAUCCCAGCCGACAUUCGCAUAAUCCACAGCCAAGGCUUCAAAGUCGACAACUCGGCCCUCACCGGAGAGUCCGAGCCCCAAUUCCGCGGCAGCGAAUGCACAAGCGACAACAUCCUCGAAACGAAAAACUUCACCUUCUUCUCGACCAACGCGGUCGAAGGCACUGCCAGAGGCAUAGUUGCGGCUUGUGGCGACCAGACCGUCAUGGGGCGCAUUGCCGGCCUCACUGCCAGACUGCAGCCCAACAAGACCCCAAUCGCCCGGGAAUUGGAGCAUUUCAUGAAGAUUAUCAGCGUGUGGGCCUGUUUUUUGGGGGUGGUGUUCGGAGGGGCGGCUCUAGCCAUGGAUUAUUCCUGGAUCGAAGCUUCGCUUUUUCUGAUUGGGAUCAUCGUGGCGAAUGUGCCGGAGGGGCUGUUGGCCACGGUCACGGUGUGUCUGUCGGUGACGGCGAAGAAAAUGGCGGCGAAAAAUUGCCUGGUUAAGAAUCUGGAAGCCGUGGAGACUCUCGGGUCCACUUCGGUGAUCUGUUCGGACAAAACUGGGACUUUGACUCAGAAUAAAAUGACCGUGUGCCACUUCUGGGUCGAUAACAAGAUCAUCCAUGCUGACUCGACCAUCAAGCAAGAGGAGGCGAAAGAUUACACCGGGAACGAAGGUUUUAAAAUAUUGAUGCGUUGUGCGACGCUUUGUAACCGAGCUGAGUUCGUCCACGGGGAGGAGAACAAACCAGUUCACUUGAGACAAGUCCGAGGAGAUGCUUCCGAAGAAGCUAUCUUAAAAUUUGUAGAACUGACACAAGUCGAAGGAUCACCGUCCAAAUUCCGCCACGAUAAUCCCAAACUUUUGGAAAUCCCGUUCAGUUCCACCACCAAGUACCAAAUCUCCAUACAUGGGCUUGAAAAUGGGCGGUGUUUGAUGGUCAUGAAGGGAGCCCCAGAGCGGAUUUUAGCACGUUGUACUAACAUUUUCCUCAACAACGAAACGAAAAUCCUAACGGAUGAUUUGCGCCGGAUUUGCGACAAAGCCUGCACCAAAAUGGCCGAAAAAGGGGAGCGAGUUUUGGGAUUUUGCGAUUUGUUGCUCGAUCCCAGUUACACCAAGGAUUAUCAGUUUUGUGCCGAACCUCCGAAUUUUCCUCGCCGGGAGAUGAGAUUCGUCGGUUUUAUGUCUCUGAUUGAUCCCCCGAGGCCCCAAGUGCCUGAUGCAGUCGAGAGGUGUAAAACAGCGGGGAUUAAAGUGAUUAUGGUGACGGGGGACCAUCCAAUAACGGCGAAAGCGAUAGCGCGCCAAGUUGGCAUAUUCCAAGCCAAGGAAUCGAUUGAUGCGUUUAACAUCAAUAUUAUUGAGACCAUACCAACUUUCAAGGACAAGGCCAUAGUCAUUCAUGGGUCCACCCUUCGGGACAUGACCAAUGACGAAUUGGAUCAUGUCUUGCAAAAUUACAAGGAAAUCGUUUUUGCGCGUACUUCCCCCACCCAGAAACUACAAAUUGUGGAGGGGUGUCAACGGCUUGGCGAAAUCGUCGCCGUGACCGGCGAUGGAGUCAAUGACGCCCCGGCGCUGAAAAAGGCCGACAUUGGCAUCGCCAUGGGCAUUUCCGGCUCGGAAGUGUCCCAACAAUCCGCCGACAUGAUCCUCCUAGACGACAAUUUCGCCUCAAUUAUUACAGGAGUUGAAGAAGGCCGCAAAAUAUUCGACAAUUUGAAAAAAUCAAUCGCCUACACUUUAGCCUCAAACGUCCCCGAAAUCCUGCCGUUUUUGGCCUUCGUACUCGGAAACAUUCCCUUACCUUUGGGUGUCAUGGCUAUUUUAUGCAUCGAUCUCUUAACCGACAUGCUACCGGCCAUAAGCUUAGCGUACGAAAAGGCCGAAAGCGACAUCAUGCAGCGGCCCCCAAGGAACCCGAAAACCGACAAUCUCGUCACAAGAAAAUUGUACUUUUUGGCGUACGGACAUAUCGGGAUUAUUGAGGCGACCUGUGGCUUUUUCAUCUAUUUUGCCAUCAUGGCCGAACAUGGGUUCAUGCCGUUGCAACUUUUCGGUUUGAGGCAAAAAUGGGACUCGGAGAGUUGUAACGACUUGGUGGAUUCGUACGGACAGGAGUGGUCGUACCAGAGCAGGAAAGAGUUGGAGUACACGUGUUAUACGGCUUUUAUGAUCAGUGUGGUGGUGACACAAUGGGCCGAUCUGAUCGUUUGUAAAACCCGGAUUAAUUCGAUUUUUCGCCAAGGAAUGGGCAAUAUGGUGUUAAAUAUAAGCUUGGUGGUUGAGACUGUGGUGGCUUGCAUGUUGUCGUACCUCCCCGACAUGAAUUAUUUGAAAUUUUAUCCGGUUAUGUUCAGAUGGUGGUGCUAUUCGUUGCCUUUUGCCUUAUUUAUCGUGAUUUUUGACGAGUUGCGAAAACUGCACAUGAGGAAGUUUCCAAACGGGUGGUACCGACAAGAAACUUACUAUUAAUUAUUUGUAGAUACAGAUAAUAAAUAUUUAUUUAUUGAUAAA